ACGCAACCCAAUGGAUUCAACUUCAACUUCAAAUUCUUCAUGUUUUUGAGUCACACUUAUUUUAUUCUGGGAUUCAUCAGCAUUUGAGUUCUGCUCAAUAAUAAAGAAAAACAAGAGGAGGAGCAACAAAAGAAAAAAAAAAUAGUCCUAUUUGCAACAUAAAUGUCAGAGCAGGAAACACAUUCCUGUGGCUUACUAUUACUCUUUUUCUUGAUCCUUCUUUCAGGUAAAGUUGUUGUAGGUGACUCUUUGGACACAGAUAAAGAGGUUCUGCUGAAGCUGAAAGGGUACCUGGACAACAAAACCUUUGCAGACACAGGAUGGUACGUGUAUUGGAACAUCCAUGGCUCCACUAACCCUUGUGAAUGGAGAGGAAUCUCGUGCAGUGGCACAAGGAGGGUGGUUGGCAUAGACCUCUCUAACAGUGACAUCACGGGUGAGAUAUUCAAGAACUUCUCGCAGCUCACUGAGCUCACAUACCUUGAUCUCUCUCAGAACACACUCUUUGGUGAGAUUCCUGAGGAAUUGAGGAACUGCCACAAGCUGGUGCAUCUCAAUCUCUCCCACAAUAUUCUUUCUGGUGUGCUGAAUUUGACUGGAUUGAGAAGCUUGCAAACGCUGGACUUGUCAAAUAACAGAUUUUAUGGGGAGAUUGGGUUGAAUUUCCCUGCCAUUUGUGACAAUUUGGUCACUUUGAAUAUCUCAGGCAAUAACUUAACUGGCAGGAUUGAUAACUGCUUUGAUCAAUGUCUCAAGUUGCAGUACUUGGAUUUGAGUACCAACAAGCUCAGUGGGAGUAUGUGGAUGGAAUUUGCAAGGCUCAGAGAGUUUUCUGUUGCGGAGAAUCAUCUCACUGGGACCAUUCCUUUGGAAGCUUUUCCCGGGAAUUGUAGUCUUGAAGAACUAGACCUUUCACAAAAUGGAUUUGUUGGUGAGGCACCUAAGGGGGUUUCUAAUUGCAAGAAUUUAAGUAGUCUGAAUCUUUCUAGUAACAACUUUACUGGGGUUAUUCCAGUUGAAAUAGGAUCCAUUUUAGGCCUCAAAGCAUUGUACUUGGGGAACAACAGCUUUUCAAGAGAGAUUCCUGAGGCCCUUCUGAACUUGACCAAUUUGGUUUUCUUGGAUUUGAGCAGAAACCGGUUUGGUGGGGAAGUACAAAAGAUAUUUGGGAAAUUUAAGCAAGUGAGUUUUCUUCUGUUGCACUCAAAUCAUUACAAUCGAGGAUUGAGUUCCUCAGGAAUUCUUACAUUGCCCAACAUUUGGCGGUUAGACCUUAGCUACAAUAACUUUUCAGGUCCAUUACCAGUUGAAAUCUCUCAAAUGUCAAGCCUUAAGUUUCUCAUGUUAUCCUACAACCAAUUCAAUGGAUCCAUUCCACCCGAAUUCGGAAACAUGACUCACCUACAAGCACUGGACCUUGCCUUUAACAAUUUGAGUGGGCCAAUACCACCAAGCCUUGGAAACUUGAGUUCCCUAUUAUGGUUGAUGCUCGCAGACAAUUAUUUAACAGGAGAAAUCCCUCCAGAGCUGGGAAACUGCACAAGUUUGUUAUGGUUAAACCUUGCCAACAAUAAGAUCUCUGGAACCUUGCCUUCUGAACUGUCCAAAAUUGGAAGGAAUGCCAUGACCACAUUUGAAUCAAAUAGGCAAAACUAUAGAAUGAUUGCUGGCUCUGGUGAAUGUUUAGCAAUGAAGAGAUGGAUUCCUGCAGAUUACCCUCCAUUCAGCUUUGUGUAUAGCAUCUUAACAAGGAAAAAUUGUAGAGGCCUUUGGGACAGAUUGCUCAAAGGGUAUGGUAUUUUCCCAUUUUGUACGCCUGGUUCUUCCCUUCGCACACCCCAGAUAUCUGGUUAUAUUCAGAUAAGUUCAAACCAGCUCAAUGGGGAAAUCCCUUCAGAGAUUGGGACAAUGGUGAACUUCAGCAUGUUGCAUUUGGGUUUCAACAACUUCUCUGGCAAAUUCCCACCAGAGAUGGGAAGCAUUCCGCUUGUGGUCUUGAACAUGACAGGAAACAAGUUUUCAGGUGAAAUUCCUCAGGAAAUUGGUAACAUGAAAUGCUUGAUGAACCUGGACUUGUCUUACAACAAUUUCUCUGGGACGUUUCCCAUUAGUUUGAACAACUUGGCAGAGCUUAACAAGUUCAACAUCUCAUAUAACCCCUUAAUAUCCGGUGUAAUCCCAUCAACCGGACAAUUUGUUACUUUUGAGAAAGAUUCAUAUUUAGGAGACCCACUCUUGAUCCUUCCCAAGUUCAUUGAUAACACUACCAACGGUAAAAACGUAACCUUUGAGAAAGACCAUCAAAAGGCCACAAAAUUAUCUGUGUUUUUGGUGUUUCUAGUUAUAACACUGGUUUUCAUGGUAUUUGGGCUUCUCUCUAUCAUAGUCUGUGUAUUGGUGAAAAGCCCAUCAGAAGAACCGCGAUACCUCUUGAGGGAUACAAAAGAGUGGAAUGAUUCCAGCAGCUCCGGAUCCUCACCUUGGUUGUCUGAUACAAUUAAGGUUAUCCGUUUGAACAAGACAGCUUUCACACAUGCUGACAUUUUGAGAGCAACUAGCAGCUUCUCAGAGGACAGAAUUAUAGGAAAAGGUGGGUUUGGAACAGUGUACAAGGGUGUGUUUUCAGAUGGCAGACAGGUAGCAGUGAAGAAGCUCCAAAGGGAAGGACUUGAGGGUGAAAAGGAAUUCAAGGCUGAAAUGGAGGUUCUGAGUGGUCAUGGGUUUGGUUGGCCUCAUCCAAACCUGGUCACACUCUAUGGUUGGUGCCUAAAUGGUUCAGAGAAGAUACUGAUUUAUGAGUACAUAGAAGGUGGAAGCUUGGAGGAUCUAGUGACUGAUAGAACACGUUUGACGUGGAGAAGGAGGUUAGAAGUGGCAAUUGAUGUGGCACGUGCAUUGGUGUAUUUACACCACGAGUGCUACCCUCCUAUAGUGCAUAGAGAUGUGAAGGCUAGUAAUGUGCUGCUAGACAAGGAUGGGAAGGCCAAGGUUACAGAUUUUGGGCUUGCAAGAGUGGUUGAUGUUGGUGAUAGCCAUGUGAGUACUAUGGUGGCUGGUACAGUGGGCUAUGUUGCACCUGAAUAUGGACACACAUGGCAAGCUACUACAAAAGGAGAUGUGUAUAGUUUUGGGGUAUUGGUUAUGGAGUUGGCUACAGGGAGAAGAGCAGUGGAUGGAGGGGAAGAGUGUUUGGUGGAAUGGGCUAGGCGUGUUAUGGGUUAUGGAAGACAUCAUGGGUUGAGCCGUUCUGUGCCAGUUUUGCUAUUGGGUUCUGGGCUAGUUGGUGGGGCAGAGGAGAUGGGUGAAUUGCUAAGGAUUGGGGUGAAGUGCACUGCUGAGGCACCUCAAGCUAGGCCUAACAUGAAGGAGGUUCUUGCUAUGCUCAUUAAGAUAUACAAUCCCAAGGGAGACUCCAGUUAUGUACACUUUGUUUAGUCUUUUUUGUUAAGGGGAUUAAUGGAUUAGAGAAAAAAAACAUGUGCAUAGUUUAAUCUGUAACAUAGUUUACAUACCAUCAAUGUCAUGCACACAGUUUAUUUCAUUCUUCUAUUGUAUACAGAAACUUCAUUAUGUCAAGGAAGUUGCCAAUUUUGUUGUGCUACCCUUAUUUCUGUAGUCAAUUUAAGUUUAGUAAUAAAAUCAUGAUUUAAUC